AUGAGCAAUAGUGCAAUGGUGGCGGUUGCGAUUUGCUGCAUUUUGGUUCUCCUUGCCGUCUUCAUUGUCAUCAUCAUAGUUGUGGGGCAAACCAUGGGAGAGCCAAAGUGA